CACACGGCGGCGGCGGCGGCGGCUCUUCCGCUGCGGGGUGUGGUUCUGUCCCCUUCGCCUCCCAGAAGGGGCGAAGGCGGGGGGCCCCGGGGCCGAAAAGGCCGCAGACCUCGGAGAGGGGCUCCCCGCAAACAGCAGAGGGCGGUGACCAACGCCGUUGGCUCUCGGCCGCUGUGUGGGCGACUCGAAAGAGUCAAAUGUAAAUCAUGAAAAUGUGUCGGAACGUGAUGCCUGCCCUGCAGCUGCUCUUAGCUUGCUCUGGUCAUUUAAUGAUGGCCAUGGUCGAGGGCAGUGAAUUCUACAAAAUGAUCUCUUUCUGUUUCUCUCCAGGUGUCUGUUCCAAAGUUUGACAAGAUCCCUUGGUUUAGCGAGGCCAGCCUGGUAAACAAGCCAUUAGUGCUCAGCCUCCCCAAAAGAUCUCCUGAUGGCUCCGCCACUUUUCUGAUUUCAUCUAAGAAGAAUGUGAAUUUGCCAAUUUUGUUUCAAGUUCCAGAUGACUUACCUAAGGUACUCAAAAUCUUUUUAAUUGAAAAGAACCCAUAGCAGUCCUAGGGUGACACGUAAUGCAAAGGCGCCUCCUAUCUGCGGUCGGCGUUCAGCAGAUAUUUGCUGCAUGGAAUGAGUGAGCCCCGCGCCCCACGCCCCCAUUCUGCCUGCAGUGCUUUAGGGCUCCCGUCCACCAGAGCUAAGAAUAAAGCAUGAGGUUAGGACCACCGAAAAGGGAAACCCCAAAAAUUCAUGUCGAGGACUCUGCCCAGAGGUCUUUAGAGACUGCGGCUCCGCCGGUGUCCGGAGCCAGCCCCCAGGCACCUCCUGGCUGGGCGGGAGGUGGAGGAGGAAGGCAUGGAUAACCACCUGGGCAGGUGAGAGGCCCAUGCUCCGCCGGCUCCGCUGCAAUACGCGUAGGCGGCCACUGGAUGGCAGCCGAGAGCAACAGCCGGCCCGAUGGGCGGAGCCAGAAAGGUGGGUCUCUGGGCGAGACAGGAGGUCACGAGUCCUGUGCUCUGGGCCAGGAGGAGCCAGAGUGACCCCAUGCUGAUCAGAAACAAGCAGUUGUGCUCCAAAUGCCGAGAAAUAAAAAUGGUGCAACCAAGAACCAUGAUGAUCCCAGAUGAUCUGCAGCUGUCCUUUGAGAAUUUACUGAGUCAUAAAAUGAUGAGUCUUCAGCCACCGAGAGAUCAGACUGCACCCAAGUGUCCUUAUGAUGACAUCCCAACAGAGAGCGUCCACUACAGACUGCCCAUUCUGGGGCCCCGGACGGCUGUGUUCCACGGGCUGCUGGCAGACACCUACAGAGCUCUGCAGAAGACACAGCUGCCCUCCUCGCCCAGGAAGGAGCCGGCCGGCAAGAUAAUGAGGCUGCGGGUGAUGGGCGCCCAGCACUCGUGAACCCCCAGAGAGAGCAGCCUCCCCCGGCCAGUCGCUGACACCGGUGCCUCUCGCUGUCCCCCCAACACCAUAAAGGAGACGCGGCUCUGCCGUCCAAGGGUGGCCAGAGUCCUCGCUCUUUCCGCCACCUUCUCACUCACUUCUCCCAAAGACGGACGGUUUAAUCGACACAAUUAUAAGGUGUAUCGAUUAAAACUGAAGAGUUCGAGUAUCAUUCAUUUUAUUUUGUUAAUCUGAAUAUUAUGCGCCUAAUGAGAUAAAAUGUUCCCUAAAGCUCAUUAAGAAGCCUUCGUCUGGAGUACUAGUAUAUUUUGAAAAUUUCAUGAGCUAGAAUAGCAUUCUCGUGUUGGCUUGUGUUCUAGUGUCGACGGUGAGAUGUCGGUCUGUACCAGUGGUUCUGAAGCCUUUUGUCAUAGGCACGUUUCCGCUCGUAAAUACUGAGAGCCCUAAAGAUCUUUUUUUUUUUUUAAUGUGGCUUAUAGCUACUGAUGUUUAUCGUAUUAGAAAUUCAAAUGGAGAAAAAUUAAAAACAUAACAAGCACACUUUCCGAUAGCUGUCAGAGUGACGUCAUCACAUGCCACGCAGCCUCUGGAAAACUCCCUUGGGAGAGGAGAAAAGUGAGGAAGGCAGGUGCCAUCUUAGUGUUGUGACAAUAAUUUUGACUUCACAGACACCAGAAAGGACCUCGGAGACACCCGGGGGACCCCAGACUCCCGGCGAGAGCUCCCGGCGUCGAUGCUGCACCCUCGUGUCCCCAGCCUCCCAGGGCACGGACGCCGGGGUGCUGUCCCCCACCCCCACCCCUCCCCCGCCUGGGCCCAGGGCAGAGGCGUGGGGAGAAGCCACCAGCAGGUUUUCCAGCUUCGGUGAUGUCACCUUCCAGCGGCAUUCGUCAUCCGUCUCCCUUUGCUCACGGUGCUGCUCGACGACCUCGAUUUAGCGUCCUGGUCGGAACAGACUGGGUCGUCCCCUUGGCCCGAGAACGCUGGUUCCCUCCGAACUCCCGUUUCUCUGUGUAAAUGUGUGUUAGUUUGUUUGCUUUGGGCGACGUUUGGACUCGUUUCUCAGAAUCCGAGGCCCAGAGCUGGGCCCGUGUGGCUUCAGCACACUGGUGCGUCCCCUCAGCUGGCCCGCGGGCGACCUUCCUUGUCACUUGACUCCUGCAAGUUCGCCCUGGUGAGAGGUGCUGAGGGCGCAGCACCCUACGCUGGGAAGUCCAGCUCUCGACAGCCUUUUCCACCCUUUCUACUUAAACUUGGGAAGAGAUCUGCCUGGGUACUGCCUGAUUUUUUCCCCGACCAGUAAGAAUGUUUAUAAAAAAUCAUCUUAUGCUCGCCAAACUUGCUUCUCUUUGUGCCGUGGGCGUCAAAUGCUGGACUCUGCCCCUCCGCUCCGUGCAGCCUUUCCUAGUAUUUUCCCCACCACGUGUCCCUCAGCUUCAUUCACAAAUCUCUCAUAAAUGGUCAGGACAAUUUCUUCACUACGAAAAUCUACUCAUAAUGUUAUUCCUGGUUCAAAGUCAUGUACAGUUCUGAUUAAUUAUUAACAGGGUAGUUUCUUGUUUGUUCGUUUCAAGGCUAAAGCCCGAUUUCACUGUUUUAAAAAUGUAUGACGCUCGUUAGAAUAAAAAUCCA